ACCCACUCUUGCACACGAACCCUUCAUCCCUCAAAAUACAAUCAUCACUGUAACAUCGGUUUCUUCGUAUCAUAUUCAUGGCCAACAUUCUUGUCAACCGUUCUUUCCUUCUCAGGAAACGAUGUUAUGGUUCUGUAGCUGAAAGUAUAAGGUCACAUGUGGGAAGCACAACAGUGAAGGCAAAGUCAGCAUCUGAAAAUGGCAAUGGCAAUGAUAAAAAAGAAAUAUUUUGGAUGAGAGAUCCAAAGAGUGGAAAUUGGAUUCCUGAGAAUCACUUUGGUGAGGUUGAUGCUGCUGAACUCAGGGACAAGUUUCUGCCAAGACGUACUUAAUCUUCUUCCAAACGAAUUUUACUUUGAACAAAACUACUGUACUCUAAUUACGCAAAUAAGAUAUAAGAAUAAUUAUUUAUGAAAUUAACAUGCAUUUUCUUCA